CCUACUACCUUCUAAUUCAGUUCACUGUGUUUUGUUAUUUUAGGCGUGAUUUAGUGGGUUGAGAUUGCUUAUUUCUACUAUUUGACAACGAUAUUAAUUAACUCUGCUAUAACUAUUUUGACUUAAAAAUAAUCGAAAGCCUAAAAUGUUUUUAUCCGCUUUACACGUACAUUUAGUGUUUAGUACAGUAAGUAAGUACUUAAAUAUCUAGGUCUAUUAAAUACCAGUCCUUAGAGUAACUAAUUGAUAUGUAAUAAAAUGAUAAGUAAUUUUAUACCAUUGUGUUGUGUGUGUUUUAUUUUGCGGUGUUUUUAUUUGAACAUUACCCUAGUCCCUAAUGCAAGCCACGUUAGGGUUUUAGUUGCCAAUUUUAGUAGCAACUAGGUGCCUACUAUACUCCAUUUAACACUGAAACAAUGCAAGGAAAAGUAAAAAUAAACGUAAAAUCUCGUUUCCGUGAUGGUGAGCGAUUUGCUUUGCCAUUCAUCAGUUUUCUUGUUAAAUUCAGGCCAUCUCAACUACAAUUCAAAAAUGGCCAAAUUAAUUUGAUUCUUUAAGAAAUCAUCAUUUUAUUAGCAGUCUACAUAAUGUUUACAAUAUCCCGUUUAAGUUUUUAGUCUCAUAUCCUGUGUGAAGUCUAAACAGGAUAUGAAAAACUUCUCACUCAGUUGGUCAAAUCUGUUUUAAUCAACUACGCUGAAAUGGAGUGCACAUAUUUAGUGAUAUUAUGUAGUUUAGUGCCAUGGUUAUUCACCACAUCGUAUGCUGGACGAGAAGCACGUAAGUUGCCCAACACCCAUGAACUAAACUUAUCACAGCUCUUCAUCAUCAUCAUCAGCAGGCAAUCAUAAACUUCUUGCACCACUUCACUAUGUCUCUCCUCCAACACUAAGUAGGUAAGUACUUUCUUUAAAGAAUAUACUUACAUAAAGAAUAAUGUAUGUAUUCAUUAUUUGUUCCAAAAAAGUUCCAGUGACAUAUGGAACGACAAUGGCAGGUGGAACUUUUCCAUUGCUCGUGAGUGUAUACCAAAACUUUAAUAGCAUAGGUAUACUUGCAUUAAGUAUAACAUUCGUAUGCCUUUCUUUUUAGAACCUCUUCUAAACCUUCAAAUGAAUUACCAUCCCACUAUAACAAUUCCAGCCAACUUCGUCCACCCGUGCGUCCACGCCACCGACGCAUGUCUGAAGACAGCCAUUCAGGAGGCUCUCCCGGGGUUCGUGCGAGGGGUGCCGGACCUCGGCAUAGAGUCUAUUGUCCCCUACACGGUGGACAAAUUGUCCUUGACCCUGCCCGGGGGACUCAAGGUCACCUUCACGCACGGCGUCGCUAAGGGUUGGGAUGGGUGCGUGGUCAGGGAUGCCAAGUUGAUGAAUCACACCAUUAAAUUUGAAGUGCGUUGUACUUUAACAGUCACAGGAAAAUAUGUAUCAACAGGAAAAAUACUUAUCUUUCCUAUAAAUGGUGGAGGAGAUUCCUAUAUUAAAUGCAACAACCUAGACAUGACGAUAACGCUUCAGCUAGCCCCGGUGCUACGGGACGGGCUACAGUACCUGAAGCUGCAGAGACACUCGACCACCCACCGGUACAGCGGGCAGGUUGUCUACCACAUGACUAACCUCGUGCAGAACAGCCCGUUUAUCAGUGAGUACAUGUUGAAUGGAAGUAACUUAGUCCUGAAGUUCAUGAACAAACACUGGAGGCUGGUUGCUGAAAAGUUCGGAGACCCGGUCGUGGCAGUCGGCGCCAGAAUAGUCAUGAAGAACAUCGAACAACUGUUCAAUACUGUUCCGAUGUUGGAACUUAUAAGAUUAACUUUCUAA